CUCAAGACUGCAGGAAUUGCUGCUGUAAGAAAGGGCCUGUCUUGGACUUGCUGGAAACGGCAGGUCUGCAUUUGCGAUGAGCAAUAUGGCUACAGCCAUUCCGGUGGUGCUGAUGCCUGGACAAGGUGAAGGACCUGUCAAUGGCGGCAUCGGCAUGCAACCCACCGUAUUUGCAAGACCUAUGGGACCUGGUGGACCAAGAGGCCCAAUUCCAGUUGUGGGCUUGGCUGGGGCACAGCUCAAUGGCUGCGGAGGGUGCGGCUUGGGGGGACCAAGUUUCGGAAAGGGCAAUCCCGGCAAGGGUGGUCCUGGCGGUUGUGGCGGUUGUGGUUGCGGUCCUGGUGCCCCUGGUGGCCCUGGUGGCCCUGGUGGCCCUGGUGGUCCUGGCCCCAGAUCUGGAGGUAGUCAAGCCAAGGACUUCUUCAGUCGAGGCCCUCCUGACGGACCUGGCUGUGGAGCUGGUGGAGGUUGUGGUCCUGGCCCUGCGAUGAAUGGAUGUCAUGGUCCCGGCAUGAAUCGGCCUCCAGGCCCCGGGAUGAAUGGAUGCCAUGGGCCGGGAAUGAAUGGCUUCCAAGGCAAGGGAAUGCAGGGAAUGAUGAAUGGCAAGGGUCCUGGCAUGAAUGGGUGCAUGGAUUUUGGUGGCAAAGGAGGUCCUGAAGGUCAGCAGAUGGCUUAUAUGCCUGUGAUUGUGCCUGCUAGCCAGAUGGGUCAAUACCAAAGCAGUGGGGCUGUGCCAUUGGCUUGUGUCAAUGCAGAAGAUUUGAAGAGUGGAGAAGUGCUGAACGAGAUCUAUGCCAAGAUGCCAGAGAUGCUACAAGAGAAAACUAUGCGUGGUUCCUCAAAAUCCCCUCCUCGCGGACCUGAAACUUGGAGGUUCAACCGGGAGGGCGGCAAGGGGAAAGGCUUUGACCGACGCCCUUCCCUUGAGGGUUUUGGACGGCAGUCUGAUGAACCCAGGAUGCCCAGAGACAGAAGACCAUCCCCAGAGCGGGGACCAUUUCAGAGCCGCAGGAGAAACUUUGGUGUCCCAGAUCGCCCUUUGAAGUUUGGAGGGUCUCAGCAAUCAGGGCAGUGGCAGCAACCGUUGCCAAAUGGAAGCCCUGCAUCAGUCUACUUCAUUGCUGACCAGACCAAUCUUCAGCAAGCAGCCAGCCGCUUGAAUUUUUUGGGCCAAGGUCUGGUGAUUGUGAUGGAUUGUCAUGGAUGGAAUCUGAAGACUGCAGCAGGAAAGCUUUGUUUGCUGACGGUGGCUUUCAUGGAUGGGAAUCUGCAGGUCUUCAUCUUUGAUGUUGUACAGCUUGGUGAACAGAUGCACAUCUUGGCACCCUUUUUCACCAAUCCCAAUGCCACGAAGAUCAGUUCUGAUGCUUCCACGCAUGCAGAGGUGCUCGCACACAAGUUUGGCAUCAACCUCACAGGUGUCAUUGAUGCUCAGUGGGCGUAUGAAACAGUGGAGAAGAGAACCAUGGUCAAGCCGGUUGAGAUUCUCGAAUGGUGCGGUAUGGCACCUAUGGAUUACAAGAAUGAGGCCGAACGGCUGGCUGGAAAUCCUGAAAUUUGGGGACAGAGACCCUUGUCCCAACCAGUGUUGUCUCAUGCAACGCAAGGGAUUUGCCUGCAGCACGCUGCGGCCAACGUGAUGUGGGAACACCUUGGUCGUGCCUUUGGCCCAACGGCUUUCAACAAGGUGAUCAUGAACUCCCAGAGACGAGCAGAAAUGGCUGCAGCUGCUGGCUGGGCGUGCCGCAAUGACUAUCAGAAAGAGUCUGACCUGGAUGAUUGGUUGGCCAAGCGCUUUGGACGGCAAGAGCCUGGAGCUCCACCCUCGGCCGCUGUGCGCGCCCGGUCAGCUGACAAGCCCAAGCUCCCGGAGACGGCCUUCAGAGAGGGAGACAGCCCCAGGACAGCAGCUUGGCGUGCAGCGGUGGCUGAGUUGAAUCCACCUCGCAUUCAGCCUUCCCGGCAGCGCUCUGCAUCUCCCACCCUCAACAAUUGGCUCAGCAGACGUGAUGAACGCAGAGCCAACGCACGUCCCGGCGCGUCGCACCGGGCUUCCAGUCUUCCAUCCCGAGAGAGAGAACGGGCUGAUGACGAAGAAGACUACUUUCCUCGACCUUUGCAGCCCUUGAAUUUUGACAACUUGGACCGCAAGAGAUGGACUGAGAUAGUAGAAGAAGAUCAUGCGCAUGCUGGUGACUAG